CACCCAUGGACUCCACCGGCGCCGCCACAGCUCCUCUCCUCAUGACCACCCGCCGACCGCCGGCAGUCUUCCUCUUCUUCCUCCUCCUCGUCCUAUCCGCCACGUCACCACUCGUUUCCGCCGGCAGGAGCCGAUCAUCCUCGUCGUCCAUCCCGCGGCUCGGAGUCACGGCUCCGAGAGGAGUACUCGGCAUCACUCACAGCAAGAAUGUUAAUGUCGAUGCCGCCGCGGCCGAAACGACGCCGCAUUCGCCGAUAGGGCUGCAGACGUACUACUACAACCAGACGCUGGAUCACUUCAGCUUCACCCCGGGGAGCUACGCGACUUUCCCGCAGCGUUACGUCAUCAACUUCGACCACUGGCGCGGCGGCAGCAGCGGGGCCCCGAUAUUCGCGGAGCUUGGCGCCGAAGCUUCUCUGGGAAACGACGUCGGAGCCGUCGGGUUCCUUCCCGAGAACGCCCCCAAGUUCGGCGCUUUGCAGGUUUACAUUGAGCAUCGUUUCUAUGGGAACUCGGUGCCGUUUGGAUCGCAAGGAGAAGCGCUGAAGAAGGCGACGGUGAGGGGAUACUUCAACUCGGAGCAAGCUCUGGCCGACUACGCGGAGGUGCUUCUGCAUGUCAAGAAAAGCCUGAAAGCUGAAAACUCUCCCAUCAUUGUUUUCGGAGGAAGCUACGGUGGAAUGCUGGCAACGUGGUUCCGUCUGAAAUACCCUCAUAUUGCACUGGGAGCGUUGGCGUCGUCGGCUCCGAUUCUGUACUUCGAUGAUAUCACGCCCUCAAAUGGCUACUACAGUGUCAUCACUAAAGACUUUAAGGAAACAAGUGAGACUUGCUAUCACACGAUAAAAGAGUCGUGGGCCGUAAUCGACAGGCUGGCUUCGCAUAAGGAGGGCCUCGCAAUCCUUUCCAAGAAAUUCCGUAGCUGCAAGACCUUGACCGUGGAAGGCGUGGAGGCACUGAAAUCGCAGCUGGACAGCAUAUACUGCGUAGCGGCCCAGUACAACAGAGCGCCACCGAAUUUCGGACUCCAGAAAAUCUGCGACGCCAUCGACCAUAAUAAACCCACGUCCGGCGGCAACACUACUACUCAUUUACUGGACAGAAUAUUCGCCGGGAUAGCUGCUUACUCCGGCAUCGACACCGGUUGCUACAAUUAUACCGGCGAUGACGGGUCAUUUUCGGCUGAAACACUGUCAGGCUGGGACUGGCAGACAUGCAGCGAACUGGUGAUGCCGAUCGGGGUAACGGGAGUAAACGACACCAUGUUUCCCAAGGAGCCAUUUGACAUGAAGGGGUUCACCGAGGACUGCAAAUCCAAAUACGGUGUUCUUCCCCGGCCGCACUGGAUCACCUCUUACUACGGUGGUCACGAUAUAAAAGAGGUGCUGAAGAGGUUUGGUAGCAACAUUAUCUUCUCCAACGGCCUCGUCGAUCCUUACAGCAGCGCUGGGGUGUUGGAAGACAUAUCAGAGAGCUUGGUGGCGCUGAAGACGGAGAAGGGUUCGCACUGCAUGGACAUAGUGAGAUCGAGAGAAGACGAUCCAGAGUGGUUGGUGGAGAUGAGGCUUAAAGAGAUUGAGAUCAUAAGUGGGUGGAUCAUGCAGUAUUAUCAGGAUCUAAUUCAAGCUACCAGCUGAUCAUGUCGUGGUCGUUGAUUCGCACUAGUUACGUUAUAGCAACCAUCAAGCCAAUGCUUAAGGAUUUUUUUUAGGUUAGUAGUAAAAUAUUAUCUGUUUUGUUUGGUUAUUUCAGGAGUGGUUUUUUAUUAGUUUGUGAAUUAUAUUUGUCUAUUUUAGGCCUUAGUUGGGGUUUGAACUGUUAUUUCUAUGAUAUUUAAAUUGAGCAUAUUACAGAAUUUCUAACGGUGACUGAUGAUGAUUAUAGUG